UUGGCUGGGCUGUUUAUUUUAGGAAACCAAUUUGCACAUGCCCUUAUAGGCAGAGUCAGGCUCUCCACUCACAUUCUUCAAAAGAAGGGAAGGCAAGAUGAAGAGCUCUUUGUUGCUGGCUGCUGCCUUGGCCGUCUCCUUGGGGAUCAUCCUCGUGGCAGGUUAUCCAGUGAGCCCCAUCGAUGAGGAGUACGUGCUGGUCAAUAAUAAGUGUCAGUGUGUAACAGUGACCUCAAGGUUUGUCCCCUCCAAAGAAAAUCCUGAUGAAGAAGUCCUGGAGAGGAACAUCCGCAUCAUAGUCCCCCUGAAGGCUCGGGAGAACAUCUCUGACCCCCUGUCCCCACUCAGGACCACUUUUGUCUACCGCUUGAGCGAACUCUGCAAAAAUUGUGAUCCCAUAGAAAUUGACCUGGGUGGGGCGAUCCACCAGGCCCAGCAGGGCAACUCCUGCGAGGAGCCGCAGACCUGCUACACCUAUGACAGGAACCAGUGCUACAGCUCCCCCGUGCCACUCCUGUUCCACGAGCAGGUGAAGCAGGUUCCAGCAGCUCUGACACCAGCCUCCUGCUUGGCCGAGUAGCUCGGCUCUCUGCUGUGCCAGAGCCUUGGAGCAUCCUCAUUCCCAACCAAAAUGUGUGUGGAGCACCACAGGACCUGGAUGGCAGCACCCCAAACGCCAGCACCUCCAGUAACCCAGCUUGUCUCUUCCCAUCUCCAACCUCAGACUUGUGCCAUCUCCCAAGAGCAGCUCCUGGCUGUCCAUCUCCCUUCUCAUGUCCCUGCAAUGCCAUGUUGUGUGUCAGACUGUACAGACCAGAUCCCCAGCAGAUAGAAGGCCAUCAUUCCCUUCAAGUCAAGGGACCUACAGUAAUUUACAGCUCUGGGGAAGCUGUCCUCCUCCCCAGUCUCCUGUGCGUCUCCCCCCAGCAAGAAUGCCACAGACAUUAGCAGGAGUGUCUGUGCCCUUCUCUCUCCCCUGACCAAUUUCAAGUGGCCUCUGCACAACCUUCAUACAAGGCCUUUGAUGGCAUUAGCAGCAUUUAUGUCCUUAGAAGAGAGCUGUAAAACCAUAGCUGAGAGAAAAGAUGAGGGGCCCUUCUAGCCCUUAGACAUCUGCAGGCUUCCAGGUCUCUCAGAUUCAGAGAAGAUCAAAAGAUGCCGCUACCAUGAAGUGUUUUGCAAAGUUGCCAAGCCCUAAACUGUGCCAGGAAUACUCAAUUCUUCUGGGAGAUGUUGGGCAUUUCACUUUCCCCACUGCUUUACUGAUACUGCUGCCUUCUUCCACCCCUGCUCCUUCAAGUGGUGAAAAAACCAAAAAAUUAACUGGCUCAAUUUUCUUUACUUGUUCCUCACCUUGCAUUUAAAACCUAAAAAAAUUCUAUGAACGCAACAUCAUUUGCUGAAACAGGACCCUAGCUCAGGGUUCAGAAUUAGAGUAAUGAAACAGCAAAAAAACUAUUCUCACAAUUGUAGUUUUGUCAGUGAAACAUUCAAUAAACUUCUUUCUGCA